UACGAAAAAAAAAGAAAAAAGAAAAAAAGAACAUUAUAAUAAUAAUGAUUACAGAUAUAUAUCAUGGAACGGUUAGUUUUGAACACUUUUGUUGAAUCUAAAUGCAAUGAAGCUAAAAAGGCUCUGUGAGACCCACAUUUAAUUAAUAUUGUCAAAUUCUGACCAAGUCCACUGAGAAAAGAAUCCAAUAAUUCCCAAUUCAGUCCCUUAAACUGUGUCGUUUUUUGGGUAUACCAAUCCUGAAAGUCCAUCAUUACCGUUGUAAAGCUCUCCACGUUGGCCUAUUCUUUUCAAACCGACCCACGCGCCCAUUCUCUUAAACCGUUUAAACCCCACUUUCCCUCUCUCUCUCUCUCUCACUGUUAACCUUCAAGAGCUCUGUUCUGAAAUCGUCUUCAACCUUCUAUGCUUGAAGAAAACACAGGAAAAAAAAGAAAAAAGAAAAAGCCAUUUGUUAUCUUCAAUUCAGUCCAUGAAAACCUUCACUGCAAUAAUGCCUCCAAGAAAGCUUCUUGUUUUCUUGGUCUCCACGAUUCUCUUCACCUUCAAGGACCCAGCUUUAGUAUACUCACAGAAUGUGAGUUUCGAUUUCCCUUCGUUUAACGUUCGGAACCUGACUCUCCUCGGUGAUUCCCAUCUCCGAAAGGGUGUGUUGGGCUUAACAAGAGAGCUCGGCGUUCCGUCUUCGAGUGCCGGAACAGUAAUCUACAACAACCCGAUUAAGUUCUUCGACCCCGAAUCCAAUUCCACAGCUUCUUUCUCCACCAGGUUCUCUUUCACCAUCAGCAAUGUCAAUCAGGCAUCUUUCGGCGACGGUUUGGCUUUCUUUAUCUCUCCGGAUAACCAGACUCUUGGGAGCCCAGGUGGGUAUCUGGGUCUAGUUAACUCUUCCCAGUUAACCAAGAACAAGUUCUUGGCAAUCGAAUUUGAUACCCGCCAAGAUUUGCAUUUCAAAGAUCCGGAUGAUAACCAUGUUGGGUUGGAUAUUGAGAGCCUUAAUUCAAUCAGAACCGCUGAUGGGACAAAGGGAGGGAUUGAUCUAAAAAGUGGGAAUUCAAUCACUGCUUGGAUUGAUUACAAGAAUGACGAAGAAAAGCUCAAUGUCUUCCUCAGCUAUACAAUUCAAGCCCCAGAAACCCCGCUUCUCAGCGUGGAUAUUGACCUCUCUGGCUAUCUCAAAGAGGUUAUGUAUGUGGGUUUUGCGGCUUCCACAGAAGGAAGCACUGAGCUUCAUUUGGUUGAGAAUUGGAGUUUUAACACUUCUGGGAUUUUGCCUGUGAAACCCAAAUCCAAUCCCCAUAAUGUGUCUGAUAGCUCUGUCACUGUAUCGCUGAGAAUUCCUGUCUCUGAUUCUACCAAUAAGCACCCCGAGAAGCUUGCUUUAGGACUUGGGAUAGCCGGACCGGCUUUCUUCUGCAUUGUUCUCGCAAUUUUUGGCUAUGUAACUGUGAGAAAAUGGAGGAGCAUUAAAACCCAGAAAAGCUUCAAAUCAGAGGUUUUGGCAGGACCAAGAGAAUUCACUUACAGAGAGCUUAAGUUAGCCACAAAAGGGUUUCAUUCUAGCAGGAUCAUAGGUCAUGGAGCAUUUGGAACCGUGUACAAAGCCUUCUUCCUUCGUUCCGGAACCAUUGCUGCGGUGAAAAGGUCCAAGCAUUGUCAUGAAGGUAAAACCGAGUUCCUAGCCGAGUUGUCAAUCAUUGCUUGUUUGAGGCAUAAGAACUUGGUUCAGCUCCAAGGUUGGUGUGUUGAGAAAGGUGAAUUGCUGCUUGUUUAUGACUUUAUGCCCUAUGGAAGCCUUGACAAAAUGCUCUACCAAGAAACCAAUCAGGGCAAUAAUAAUAAUAACUUAUUGAAUUGGUCACAUAGACACAAUGUUGCAGUGGGUUUGGCAUCUGUGCUGACAUAUCUUCAUCAAGAAUGUGAACAACAAGUCAUCCACAGAGACAUAAAGACAGGUAAUAUUUUGCUGGAUGGGAAUUUUAAUGCAAGGUUGGGUGAUUUUGGAUUGGCAAAGCUCAUGGAUCAUGACAAGAGCCCUGUGUCGACUUUGACUGCUGGAACAAUGGGAUACUUGGCACCUGAGUAUCUUCAAUACGGGAAAGCAACCGAGAAGACCGACGUUUUCAGCUACGGUGUGGUUAUCCUAGAAGUGGCCUGUGGUAGGAGGCCAAUAGAGAGAGAAGCAGGCACACAGAAAAUGGUGAAUUUGGUUGAUUGGGUUUGGGGUCUGCACUCUGAAGGUAGGAUCAUUGAAGCUGCUGAUAAGAGAUUGAAUGGAGAGUUCGAGGAGGAAGAGAUGAGGAAGCUAUUGCUUUUGGGUUUGAGCUGUGCAAACCCAGAUAGCACAGAGAGGCCCACAAUGAGGAGAGUCUUACAGAUUCUAAUCAAUGAGGCUGAACCUAUAUCAGUACCCAGGACCAAACCCAGUCUUACUUUCUCAUGUGGCUUGGCUUUGACUUUGGAUGAUAUUGUUUCAGAUGAAGAAGAGUGCAUCACUCUCAGCCCUCAGACACCCUAGGCAGAGAAACCUAUAUAGAUUAGUAGGAUUCUUUUAUUCUUUUAGUUUUUUAUUCAGUACAAAUUUUAUUCUGUAACUUGGAGAUUGGAUUUGAGACUGUAGGGAGUUCACUGGCCUGAGUUCAAACCAAUCUGUUGAACUAUCUGGUCUCUUCUUUUUUCCAGACUAUAUUGAAGCUUGCUUGAAUGUUUUAAUUGUUUAUUUUCUUUUUUCUU